ACACAACUAUAAAUACAUGCAAUACGUUGAGAUAAACACACCACCCUGCGCAACAGAUAUCACUUCCUGGUUGAGGUGGUCGUCACUGCAUAUGUCGGACAGAGCACACGCAGAUAGUAUGGAGUGAUGUAAGGUCUUGUCCACAAACUCCUCACACAGUCAGCCGACCCGCCAUCAUGACUGACGACAAGCCGCCAGAAAUUGUUCCAAGGAAGAGGCCGCCGAGGAAGGAGCAGGAGGUGCCCCUCCGCUUCUCCGAGGGGGAUGACGACUACACCAUGAAAGAGUUUUAUGACCUGUACAGCAACUGCCUCCCUAAGACUGUGGUCGUAACACAGGGCAGCUAUGGAGACAUCGACCUGGACACCUUCUGCUCCGGCCAGGUCAUGCACAUUCACACCCACACGCAGCAGACGCGGGUGGUGGCCCGAGACAACCUUGGCAGGACCUUCAGCAUCCCCAAAGACUACCCCAUGAAGUUUCAGCUGGUCAAGUCCAGAGGCAAAGUUGGACCCGCACAAAGCCUAAAGGAGAUCCUAGAGGAGAACACGUUGCCGAUGCAGGUGAAGUUCGCCGUCCCUGAAGACUACACGUUCCAUAUCGGCUGUGAUCAACAGAAGGUCCGGGACAUCAGCAACUUGGCGUUGGUGCAGGAGUACGACGAAUCCUACAUGCUGGCUAACUGUAUCAAUACAAAAACUAUAGACAAGAAGACAGUGCUUGUUCCGGUUUACCUCCAAGACCUGUUGAUCGCCAUGGCAACCGGUCUGGAGGGGAAGACCGAGGAAGAGUGGAAGGAGUACGAGCUCUUCCUGGCGGAGGAGAUGAAGUCGGUUAAGGUGGAUCUCAACGUCGGGAACAAAGAUAUUGCUUUUUACUCCAAUGAGACCCUUGGGUUGUCGGACAACGUGUAUGACUAUAUCGAACCAAAGGACUUUCUGACAUUCAAACUCGUUGCGGGAACAGACGAUGAUGGGUAUGGUAUGGUCGUGGACGAAGAAAACAUCUACACACCUAUUGACGAAGACGAGGUAUACGUCUCACGACCACCUAUCCCAAAACGGGAACCGAAAACUGCUCCAACUGUAAAAGCCAAGACUAAGUCGGUAUCGCCUGCAAAAGAUCAGGAAAAGGAAUCGUUGUCACCUACCGGAAGUGAAGCAGCGCAUGGAUACGUAAAUGACAUUCCUCGAAAAGAAGUAGCUCCUUUCAGCUUCUUCAAAGGGUUUAAAAAGGACAAAAAUGCUGAGGUAGUUUCAAAAUCGGGUGGGAAAGGGGAUCCAGUAGUUGUGGCUGUGAAAGACCUAUCAAUCGGUGAUCUUAUCAAGAAGAUGAAGGAAUUGAAGCUUGAAAAACACGUAAACGCCUUCAAGAAACAGCAGAUCGACGGCACUAUCGCCUCACAGCUCACGAAAGACAUCCUUCAGAGUGACUUUGGGUUCAGUGCAGUAGAGGCCAUCAAAUUCAGUGAAUACAUACGAUCAGGUCACAUCCCUAAAUAAACUUCACGAGUCAUUCGCGGGGAAUCUGUUCACGCCAGUGCUUGGAUGGAUUUCAAGAUAUACAUAUAUGUGUGCUUUUUCAAAUAAUGCUUUACUCUAAUUAAUGCUUUAAGAUAUAAUCGCAAUUUAUUUACUAUUCUAACGGCCCGCUUGUUUCCUGUUGUAAGAAUACGCAAUGUAUGUACCGUGUAUUUGGUUGCUCGAGUAUAUAUAGCUUAAAACACACACCAAAUAUAAAGUUAAUAUUCAUUGAAUAAUAAUAUGACCAAUCAUCGGAGAAACAUGUGUGCAUGGUAAUUAGCAUUCCAUCGUUCGUUGUAACAUCUGAAAAGACAGAGAGGCAUGAAAUAAGGUGCCAAUUACAUCGACAACAUACAGCAUAACGGCAUGGAACAUUGUCCACUUUAAGGUUACGUUGUCGCCGUGGCCAUGCUUGUACACUGCUAUCUGUAUGCAACUCUGAAAUCUCUCUUUGUUUAAGUGUUCUGCCAGAUAAAAAUAGCUUGAGUGUGAGGGUAAUACGCUUUUCAUUUAUCAUUUUUGUUACAAUUUCUGGUCAUAGAUGAUUAUAACUUUAACUAAAUCUAGCUCAAACAAAUAAAAUGGUAAAUACCAUGACGACAUACACGUUGCACUGAAGACUAACUACUUUACAGGACUGGUUGUGUCAGUCCGACAUCGCGGGAAAGUUCCAUGUGAUGGUUACAUCACUGACGAUGCUUAAAUAGGUAACGGAAUAUGUCCAUCACAAUUUCGAUAUUGUUUCGUCUAGUGUAAAACUGUUGUAUUUUCAGUUCGGCGAUUUCCGGCAAGGUUCGCAACUAGUCGGAUGCAAAACGACUAUUCUAUGAGGACAUUCAGUAGUCCUCGUUUGUUGGGCGAGCUGUAGUCUAAUGUCCAGUGUUUCUACUGAGAGGGGACUUAACCGGAGUCGUGUUGUUUUUGAGCUGAAGACGGCUUUUUUGUGACACAGUAGUUUGUGUAUGUUUUACUAAAUUGUAUGUGUUAUGAAUAUAUUUCAGCAUGUUUGAUAAACUUUUGUGACCAAUUACUUGUGCAGCGGACCAUUUUGUGACACAAACGUCUGAUGAUGUUCCGAUAUCGAAUGUAUACAGUUCUAAUGGGGUAUCGGCAACCGUUGUGAUAUGCAUCCACAUGUAGGCUGUGAUAGAUACACGGUUCCAUGUAUUUUUUGUGUGACAGUCUUUUGAUGUUACUUUAAACAUUCUUCAGAGUCAUGGUAGAAUAUGUUGUAAUCUCGUGGGAUUAUUCCGGGCUAGAAUCGGUCCCAGGUCACCUAUGCUUGUGAUACGCUUCGAUUCAAAUGGCUCGCCUGUCAGGCUCUCUCAUAUGGCUGAUGACGUGUUAUCGUCCCGCUAUGACGUGUUUCGUUGCUCAUGUUUUCUAUCAUGGGUUCGUCGUAUCCAGACAUGUGUUUUCUGGCAGCGUAAUAUAGCUGGAAUAGUGUUGACCGCGGCGUGAAACAACAUUCACUCGUUUACCAUACAGGAAGAGCCUGUUUGGUUCUAACACAAGUAUCACAGAGGAAUUUGUUGCUAAUUGAAAAAAUAAGCCUCAUGCGCGCCUUUAACAUAUACCGAUCUAAUUUGCCUACAUGCGGUCCCGUGAAGAUUCCGGGUGAGAAUUGGUCUUCAACAACCCAUUCUUGUCGUAAGAGGCGACUAACAGGAUCGGGUGGUCAGGCUCGCUGUCUUGGUUGAUGCAUGUCAUCGUAUCCCAAUUGCUUAGAUCGAAGUUCAUGAUGUCAGUCACUGUGAUUGAAGAUUGCUACGUGGGCAUGACACUUUACAAUCUUAUUGAGACUUUGAACAUUGGACUGUUAUUUGAAUGUCUUCCCCACCGGGAAUUGUUCACCGUACAUCUACGCACUGCAUGUCCUACCCGGUAUGUCAUUCCGGUAUAUCAUUUAUAUGUUACUGAAAAUGAUUCAAUAAAUCUUUUGCACGUU